AUGGCUUCUGCUUUGUCUCAGCAUAUCCGAUGUUCGAUAUGUUUGACUGAUUUUACAGAUCCUGUGUGUCUACCAUGUGAACACUCUUUCUGCAGGGAAUGUAUCACCACCCAUAUGACGGUAAAGGGCAAGGAGAGCACGUGUCCGGAGUGUAGAGGUUUCUUCUCUAAGAAAGAUGUUCGAGCAAAUCGACUCCUGAGAAACAUGGUUGAAGCUGCUAAAUCACACUUGGAAGAGCAUGAAGCCAUGAAGAAGAGGGCAAACCUGACUACUACAGCGCAGACCGCUCAGAACAACUGUUCUCCUGAUCUAAUGUGUCCUAAACACAAUGAGAAAUUUAAACUAUUCUGUGAGACCGACCAAAAGCUUGUAUGUUUUAUCUGUAGAGAAGAAGAUCAACACCGGAGGCACAAGUUUAAAACCAUGACUGACGCUACCAAAAUUAAGAAGGAAAAGGGAAAUGAAACCUUGGACCUGUUGUUUAGUGAGGAUGAAGAUCUGACUGCUAUUCUUCUGAAACAGAGUGAGGCAAUCGAAAGAACCAAGGAGAGGUCCAAAGUCCUCUCAGCUCAGAUCUCUGCUCAGUUUGAGGAGAUGCAUCAGUUCCUGAGAGAGAAGGAAGAAGAGGUGAAGAAACAGCUGGAGGAGAAAGAGAAGAAAUUACUGGAAGAGAUGGAGGAAAAUGUGUCUGAAAUAGAAGAGAUGCUCUCAGAUGGAAGAGAGGAGCAAGGCAUUUUACUUUCAGCUCUGGAAACAGACCAGUGUGACAAAUUUCUUGAGUGGUGGAGUGAAGAUGGACAAUCACUCGUUGAGGCAAUCCAGUAUGAGAGAUUUUUCAGGCCAAAGGCAAAGAGUCUUGUUGUGAUUUCUGAAAACCUCUUUCUGGGACAAUAUGAGUCUCACCUGCAGUUCUUUGUCUGGAAGGAGAUGCUGGGAGUCAUUAAACCAGUUCCUCAUCGGCAUAUCCUGGAGGACAAAAAUGACCCUUAUUUAAAGGUGUUUCCCAGUGGACGUGCUGUUCAGCGAACAUCCAAAAAGGGUGUGUUUGGAACUAAGAAGUAUCACUCACCUUUUGCGUGCAGUAAGGAGUCUUUUACACAUGGACAGCAUUACUGGGAAGUGGAGGUUGGAGAGAAAUUAACAUGGGCCGUCGGUGUGAUGGAACAUGGCGAACCCGAUACAGUUCUUGCAUUCAUGUCUGAGGAGGGCUAUUGUAUUAUCAAGGAUGACGGUGAAGACUCAACACAAGGGGCUAUGAUAGAUAUCAGAGACAAGCCCAGAAAGAUAGGUGUGUACAUGGACUGUGACAGAAAUAAAGUUUUGUAUUAUAAUGCAGACAAUAUGUCACUCAUUGGCAAGGCAGAAUGUGAUUUAAACCGUCCUCAUUCACUGUGUCUCUCUCAUGGAAUGUAUCAGGACGGGAAAAACAGUGAUCCCCUCACCAUAUGCUGGUAUUAA